AUGUCCGGAUCUGGAAUCCUCGCUCAAUGGCAAGCCUCUCGUGCUGUUCUUGUGGUACCAAUAGGCGACGUCCAGUUUCUUUCUUUCCAACAACUAGCGGCAAUUGGUACCGGCGACCUUAGAUCAUGCUCUGUCGUUCUCAUAGUAUCCGCACAUGGUGCUAUUCUUGCUCAUAUCCCUCCACAACCUUUGCAACCAUCGCCUGAUCCUUUUGCUGGUGAUAACAACACUCGUUCUAUGAUGGGUCGAGUGGCUGCUCUUUACCAACAGAAUAGCGGGUACUUUCCUUCGGCGGACACUGUUGUCGUUUGUGCAUGGUUCAACGGAGCUGUGGCUUUGCCCGAUCAAAUGGAAAUAAUGACCUCGUCCCUUCGGCAAUUAGGACUCAAUCCAGUUAUCAGAACAUAUCACGUGCCUGGGAAUCGGAAUAUUCCUGGCCAGGGAACUGUUAUUGCCAUCAAGGGUGCCAACCAGCCUAGGCCUCAAAUAUACGUCGAGGAUCGUCCGAUCUAA